GUGGAGAGUUACAGGCCGUGGAAAAUUCAAACGUGCUAGAUCAGGUAAAGCGCAUCUUAAUACAGGAGUUCCACGAGCACGUUUGCUUCGUCUGAGAAAAGCUGCGUAUUCUCAUAAAACACAAAGAGAUCGGUUGAAAAAACUUCUGCCUUAUGCCUUUUAG